AUGUCGACCAACCGACCGGCUCGUGUUGUUCUGGAAACAAUCGGGAACACGCCUUGCAUCGAGCUGCAAAAUGUCGUCCCAGGGGAUUGCGCCCGUGUUUUUCUCAAACUCGAAGGGUUGAAUCCCACUGGCUCUUACAAAGAUCGCAUGGCGAGGGCUGUCAUCGAAGAAGCGGAACGACGAGGAGACCUGAAACCUGGAAUGACGGUUGUUGAAGCCACUGGUGGCAGUACUGGAUCUUCGCUUGCUUUUGUUUGUGCAAUAAAAGGAUACGACUUUACAGUAGUAUCUUCGAAUGCGUUCGCGGUGGAGAAACUGAAAACCAUGGCGGCAUACGGAGCGACCGUGGAUAUAGUCCCCAGCUCAGGUGGAAAGAUCACCCCCGAGUUGAUACCUGCUAUGCGUUCCAAGGCCAAAGAGAUAUCUCUGAUGGAUGGCUACUAUUACGCAGACCAAUUCUGUAAUCCAGAUGUCCUUAUUGGCUAUGAAGGAUUGGGUCGGGAGCUAUUGGAGCAAAUUCCUGAAGGCAUUGAUGCCUUCUGCGGCGCAGUAGGAGGUGCCGGAAUGGUUAUGGGGGUAUCCAGGAUUCUGAAAUCACACUAUGCCGACUGUCGUGUGACUGUGCUAGAGCCUGCUUCUGCACCGAUGAUAACGAAGGGUUACGGGGGUCCACAUUCGGUCGAAGGGAUUGGGAUCGGAUUCAUUCCGCCCCUACUGGACAAGAGGCUGUACGAUGACGCCCGUGCAGUGGACGAGGGCGAGGGACGCGCCAUAUCACGGCGCCUGGCUCAGGAGGAGGGGAUUUUGGCCGGAGCUUCCACCGGGUUGAAUGUAGUAGCUGCCAUUCAACUGGCGAAAGAACUUGGACCUGGUAAUAUCGUAGUCACCGUCGCAUGCGAUUCUGGCUUGAAAUACCUGCAAGGAGAUCUAUUCACCAAAAAAUAG